UGGGAAUCGUCAAAGGCUCUUUUGGUAAUUGCACUCAAACUCGCCGUAGCUUAAAACCCCAUGAGCGCUUUGAGAACGGAAAUCAUUUAUCAGAAGGGGCGGGUCUGCGAAUAGCCGUGCUUUCCUUAAUCUUCGUUAGGGUUAGGGUUUCUCAUUUCUAUUCAUUACGCUGUUGGAGGAGUCUACUUGGUACCGGAGCUUCGACGCCAUGUACGGAUCUAGAGGGGCAAUGUUGGGAAGCGGGUUGGGAAGCGGGGGGGACGGGUACGAGGUCGGCUCAAAGAGACAAAGAAUGAUCGAAUCGAAUCCCUACUUCGCAGUUAGCAGCGGUGCUAGUGGCUUUCAACCCUAUGGCUAUGGAAGCAGCUUCCAGCCUGCCUUUCCUGUGGUUCGUCUCAGGGGUCUUCCUUUCAACUGCACCGAUCUUGACAUUUUCAAGUUCUUUGCUGGGCUUGACAUUGUGGAUGUGUUGCUGGUCAACAAGAAUGGGCGUUUCUCAGGAGAGGCAUUUGUUGUUUUUGCUGGAACUAUGCAGGCUGACUUUGCCUUGCAGAGAGAUCGACAGAAUAUGGGUCGUAGAUAUGUGGAAGUAUUUAGGUGCAAGAAGCAGGAUUAUUACCAUGCUGUAGCUGCAGAGAUAAAUUAUGAAGGAAUUUAUGAUAAUGACUUCCAUGGAAGCCCUCCCCCUGCUCGAUCCAAGAGGUUUCAUGAUAAGGACCAAAUGGAAUACACCGAGAUACUGAAGAUGCGCGGUCUUCCUUUCUCUGUCACAAAAUCUGAAGUUAUUGAGUUUUUUGGAGACUUCCAGCUGAAAGAUGAUAGGAUACAUAUUGCAUGUCGUCCUGAUGGCAAAGCCACAGGAGAGGCAUACGUGGAAUUUGCUUCAGCAGAUGAAGCUAAGAAAGCAAUGUCCAAGGACAAGAUGACGAUUGGGUCUCGGUACGUUGAGCUGUUCCCUUCAACAUCGGAUGAAGCGAGACGGGCUGAGUCAAGGUCAAGGCAGUGAGGAGCCAUUGUGGCAAAAAAUCAUGAUGCUUUUCUUUGUGGCAGAACUUUGUUAUCUGAACCCGCUGUAUGUGCAUUUGUUUCCUGUCUCUUAGCAAGCCUUCUUUCAUCGCACUGAAAUGUUACUUGAAUUUUCUGUCAUAUGUGCGGGAAUUUGGUUGUGAACCUGAUCUUAUCUAUGGGUUCUGGAGUUUUAAUUUUAACUAAAAUGAAAUUGGGAUUUGAAAA